UAUACCGAAUUGAAACAAAAACAUUUGGCGGGAGGCUUGUGUGAACUGUCAUUACCUGUCACUAACUUCAGUGGCUGGCCUGGUUCAUGUUUGUUUACGAUUUAUUUUGAAAAUAAAAUGGAAGUGAACGAGUUAUUUACAAAGUUAAAAGAACUUGGCCAUACAAAUACAAAACGAGCUGAAUUACGUGACCUAUGCAAUCAAAAGCUUGACCAGAUAUUGAAGUAUUUACCACGGCGAAUUCUGAAUAGUGAUGGAAGUAAAAUAAUAGAUUGCUUGUUCAAUGGAUUUCCAGACAACACUCCAUCGUAUCGGUCUAAAAUCAAGGUGAUUGACAUAGUCAUAAAGACAUUGCGGAAGGAGACCACAUCUCUGACGCACUGCGGAGACCUGAUCAGUAGAAUAGGUUUGGAGCUGGUGAAGGCACCUUCGAGUGAGCUGGUGCAGUGGUGCAAUGAUACAGUUCAGUCCAUUGUGGAUGAUAGUGAUGUUAAUAUGAUUUGGAGAGACAUACUCCCUGAGUGCUUGAACAACAUCUCGGCUUCAGGAACAGUGAAGCACUGCGGCACCGACAUGACAGCUGCGGAAUACAGGGAGCAGUGUAUCCGGACUCUGUGCCAGUGCGGCUGGAAGGAGCGGCAGUUGGUGCAGCUCACCGCCAUGUUCAAUGACAUGCAGCUGCCCCGCAACGAGCACAAGCAGGUUGUCAACAAGAUCUGCACGUACGUCAUGGAGUGCCCGCCGGACACGCUGCCCGCACUUGUGCAUCAGCUAAUAAAGCUAUGCAAAACACAGGACUUUGAAAUAGUGCUGUCCCACCUAGGGCACUACUUCAGUGCCCAGCUGUACAGCAAGCUGGCGCCGCCCACUCCCGACUCCGAAGCCACUACUAUGGACAUUGAUGACAUUGUACCCCACAGUCCAGCAGAAGUAAGCCGCUGCCUUUCCACCUGCAUCUACCAUAUUGUUGAGGGCAUGGAGAAGCCCCAGCUCUGCAAGGUGCUUCGCGGCUGGCCGAGGUCCCAGUUGCUAAGGGCGCCUUUCCUUUUCGAUUUGGCUUUAGCCCUGUGUGCUGAGAGUGACUGCAGGGCUUUGUGUUUAGAUGUAAUGAAAGCGGGCAUCGUGUCGCGUGAGGCGGACUCGCGCGUGCGCGCGGAGUGCGCGGGCGCGCGCGCCGUGCUGCCCCGGGCCGCUCCCAGCGCUGCGGUGCUGCGCGUGCUCACUACUGAGAGUGCCAGCCACCGCCAACUCACCGUCCUAGGUCUCAUCAGCCUCGCCUUCUCUCUACUAGCUACCCCUCGCGGAAAACCUCACGCGGCCUCUUGCUGGUCGCUAGCCAAGCUCAUACUGGCAAGACUCAGCAAGGCACAGCCCGAGACAGCUCCUCAUAUACUGGCUACGUUGGCGGAUAGACUCAAUACAGCUAAUCCGGAGAGGCAGUAUGCAGACUGCCUCUUCGUACUCUGCAAGUUGACCCCCAUUUCCAUCGAGCGCUGCUCUCAACUGAGCGCCAUUUUGGAAAACUGCAAACCUUCAGCCGACUUCAGGAGCUGCGUACUUGUAUUAGAAGCUGUACAUCCACUGAUCAACUUCAGCGCGAGGACCAGGGACUGCUUGUUCAUGGUGUGCAGGAAGGGAAUCAAUUCUAGGGACUCCGCCCACCGUCGCCUGGCGCUGUCCGGCUUCCUGACUGUACUGCGCCACGUCAAAGUGUCCGGCGCGUUCAGCAGCAGUCAGAGCACUUACAGCGAGGACAGCCAUGCCUCGUAUCUGACGCAAUUGACGAUUGUGCACUCCACUCAAGCUGGGGCACCAGCGUCGUCCAGCGUCCGCAACGAGUCAGUAUGUCUGGAGGUGGUGUCGAUACUGCGGCGGUGUCUCGUGCAAGACGCGGCCGUCAAGCAACUGCUGUACACUAGACUGUACGAGUGUGUAAAAAACAAGCCAGCGCUCCACGAGUGUGUGCUCGAGUUUCUGAACGAGCACCUCUCCAAAUAUUUAGAAGAAGACCAGGUGCUGUGGGACAAGUGCGUACAGAUUAAUGGAGCCGUCGCCGUAUUAGUGGAACCGAUAUCCCACCUCCUCUACGUGACAGCCCAGUUCCUGCAAGAAGAAGAGGAGGAAUUAGAGGACAUUCUAGCCAGCCAGGCCGUCAAUGAAAACGGCAGUGCUGUGCUACGUAGCAAGCUAGCUCUGGACCUGGCCAAGAUAUGCGAUAGCGAGCGGUUCGGACAUAUUGACAUGGAUGACGUAGGCCUCUCAGACCUGACCCCCGAGUCUAAAGCGAAGAGUUUCAAAGUCCAGCAGAUACUGUCGUCGUACGAGGCGCUGGUCGCCUUGCAGAUCAUGAAGUGGGACAGAAACAGUCCUAAAACUGCUGGCACGGUGCUCAAUCUGUUCAAGGGGUACACUCAGUUGUUGGACAACUCUAAGGCAACACCAAAAUUAGGCAAGAAAGGCAGUAAAUCAACUCUAAACGAGACGAGAGAGACCGUCAAGUCACAGAAGAGCCAAAAGUCGCAAAAUGACAAGGAGAACAGACCGGUGAAGGUGUCAAACUUGACCAAAGACAGGGGCGCUCCUUUCAAAACCCUGCCCUGCGUUUGGGACCUUAAAGUAUGUCUGAGGGUUAUGGAACUGCUUUAUAGCGAGGAAGUUCCGUGGUGUACGCUUGAGCAGCGCAACCGAAUCCGCAGCUCGCGAGAGUUCCACCACUGGUCAUUGCGCUGUGUUCGCUCCGUGGUUGAACUCGCCGAGAAACAAGGGGUCAAACUCAUCGCUAGUAUAGCCACGAUUAUGUACAAGAGAUGUGUCUGCAGGUUCCGUGACAUGUGUGACUUUGACGACACGACGGCGCUGGGUUGCGUGGAGUUGUUCAGAGACUGCCUGGCGUUCAUACUUUCUCCGGAACACGGAUUCAAAACUGAAACUUUUCUCUCCACAAUCACCAGCAUAACAGACGAGCAAGAUUCCACCUACAUAGCCGCCAUACUAGAGCACAUCCACACAGCUCUCUCCCACCUAGAAGAAGAGAGCGCGGAAGAAGGAGACAGCGCGAACAAGAAGUUGGUGUCGGCAUGUUGCCAGCUCGCGGCCGUGUUGUUAGAGGCGCCAGUGGCUGCCUGCGAGAGAUAUACUGCUGCAUUACUAAAACUAGAAGACUACGUCCGCACCAGCAAACAGGAUUGCCUGUCGCUCAUCCCGCCCUUAUUAACGGCUGGAGCCAGAAUACAACAGGAGGCGCCAUUGCUGGACGAGUUGCUGGAUAAGCUGGCCAGCGCGCUCGGCAGGAUUGACGAAGAAGACACAUCAGCCGGGGGCGAAGAAUCCCCCAACUUCCCCUCUAUCGACUGCCGCACCGGACACACCGUACUGACGCAUAUAUGCGUCCAUGUCAGCCAGCUCGGCUCCAGCACCGAGCACCUGCUGCAACGAGCGAGGGACCUGGACGCCGCGCUGCCGCUAGCCACUAGGGGACACGCGCAGGCUGUGGAGAGAGAACUACAAGAAGUAUACUCGGCAGCGAUCCUCCAACUCUGCCAACUGACAUCCUGGACGCGCUCGGCCUCCGCCCUGCGCUGUACAGUCGGCGUCGGCAGCUCCCGGCUCCUGUCCUCUCUGGCGCGACUGUACAUAUUGCUUACUACGCUAGUGCGACAGCUGACUACAGUCACUCUCGAGUCCAACAUACGGAGCAUGGAGCGGCUGCUAAAGUUAUGCGGCAAGAAGCUAUCCGCAGCCGUGGACAACCUCGUCAUAUUCCUGGAAGCCUCUAGCAAGAAAGCUCGCGACACCAAACAGAUACCACGAGUAGUGUUCGAGGCUGAACGCUUCGGCCGCCAGGUGGCGCUGCUUUCCGCUAACACCAAGAUGAACCUGAUGCAGUACCUGCCCAUGGGCACGGCGCGCGACUUCAGGAUAAGAGCGCCCGUCAUCGAAGAGAUGCUCAAGGACAACCCGGAGAUUGAUGACGCGGAAGACGAAGAGCAGCCUGCUGAAGCCCUUUCUCCGGUCGCUAGCGAUAAUGAAGACAGCCGGGACGCAGAACCGGCCAGCAAAAGGAGGCGCUCCUAACACUCACCUUGUAUGAAACUACAUCUCAUCAACGCGUGCUGAUUAUUCAUAAUAUUCAUACAGCCUAACACUUUUUCUCGCGCUUUGUACACAUAUUUAAAGUCACAUACAGGUCGAACGCGAUUAAUUAACAUUAUUUUUACCUUUUUU